AUGCUUUUUCCCCCCAAAAAAACACCCAAAAUCAACUUCCCCAGCUAUGCAGUCUGGGUGGCCCCGACCAUGUAUGGGGAUUCGACCCCACGGCACAGCCUUUACUGGGUAAUUUACUCGCCUAUCGGGGGUAUUUCAUUUUAAAGCGCAGGGGACAAAAUCGCUCAAUCGGGGGGUGCAACGCACAGAAGGGGCCUUGGGGACCCGGGGCAAACCCUGUCGUUCUCGCUAACAUCAAAGGGGGGUACCCAUCCCGGGUUAUGCUCUACAACAUUGGAGGACACCCUGCCUUUCACAGGAAGCGGCACAGGCCCAAUCCAGGGACUUUCAUCUCCCGUUGGAUUACUGCAACUCGUGUUCUGGGCUCCCUGCCUGUGCCCCUUUAACCCCCAAAAAACUAUCCCGAAUCCGCAGCCCGUCUGGUUUUCAACCUUCCCCCAAAUUCUUUUCCCCGUCCCCCGUCCUCCGCAAAAUCCAUGGCUCCAGUUGAAGCUCGCAUCUGUUUCAAGACCAUGGGUUUCCCCUUGAGUGUGAGGGGACGGCACCUCCGACCUUUAGGCUCUGAUACCCCACACCCAAAAAGAGGGGAUUGCGUUCCCACCUCUGGGCGGGGUCCCCUUCCCCGCGGAAGCAUAUUCCAAUCACCUAGCAAAAUGGUUUUCCCCUUGGGGUCCCCCCCCGGGUUUUGGGGAUUAGCGGGUAACUUUGGUCAACUCUGAGUUCAACUCAGGUCAUACGAAAGUGGCUCACCUAUUAGCCAGCUAAAUUUCUAUGGCAACAAAUCCUUUAGAAACUAACCUGCUCCGGGGCAGGCUAACUCACGGUUAACUCCACUUACCCUGAAUGAAAUGACUGUGCCAUGAGAUGGGGACCAAUGAAAUCAGAUUCCCUCCCUCUUGCAAAGAUUGCAUCAUCAUCCCCUUCAUUUGAGGAAGAAUACUGAUUAAAAUUUGUAUUAAUCAAAUGUAUUUUUUUUGUGCAAAAAUUUGUAACGUUAAAAUAUAUCGCAUUACACAUUUAGUAAUGACAGAAUGCAUUUUAAAUGUCAUGCAAUGUAACACUUUUGUAUGACUUAAUAAAUAAAUAAAAUAUCGAUAGGAGUGCUUUUGCUUUUAACGCCAAAGACGGCAUUAACGUUAAGUAAAAAAAAUUAAGAUGCCACUUCUAAAAGCCUAUUUCCACACCAUAGCCUGCUAAAUUUGUAAGAUAACUUUUUCUUUCAUUUUGAUUUCGGCACAAAUAAAAAUGUGGCACUGAUUCACCCAUGGAUGGAUUGAUGUUUCAGCAUUGUCUCAAUGAGGAGUUCGGCGUUCGACUAGCUAGCUAGAGUUAGCGGCAGGCAGACGAGCAAUAUCCACUGUCGUAGUACGGAUGAAGCCUGAGCUGGAAUGUGAAGCUAACUGAAGCUGGUUAGCUUUAGAAAACCCUGAGUAGAUCUAGCUUGCUUUGUAGGAUACCCCUCUGAAGGCUAUAUAAUUGAAUGGUUUGUUUGUAUAUACUAGGACGACUAGCUUUAACCUGAAUGUGAAACCGGGCCCAUAUGGAAGCGUCUCCGAGUAGGAGUGUUGAUGAUGAUAAUAAUUUGGGGGGGUGUUUAUAUUUGUCCUGUUACACACAAGUGUGUAAUGGAAAUGUGUUUUUUGCAUAUAUCUCAACUACCCCUGAGACACCUGAAGGGAGUGGGGUCACAGCCAGGGUCACCAUUGUACAGCGCCCCUGGAGCAAUUAGGAUUAAGUGCCUUGCUCAAGGGCACAGCGAUAGAUUUUUCACCUUGUCAACUCCGGUAUUCGAACCAGCGACCUUUCUGUUACUGGUCCAAUGCUCUAACCUCGAGGAUACCUGCUGCUGAUCUAGGAUCAGAGGGCUUGUAGGCCUGUUGUAAGGCAGGUCCUCACCAGACAUCACCGGCAACAAUGUCGCCUAUGGGCACAAACCCACCGUCGCUGGACCAGACAGGACUGGCAAAAAGUGCUCUUCAUUGAUGAGUCGUGGUUUUGUCUCACCAGGGGUGGUGGUCGGAUUUAAAAGGCCAACUAGAUCCGCACACCUCCUCUUAGGCUGAUGAAUCAGACUGUGAUACCAUUUUCUGGUGUACAGCCUGAAACUAAGCAGUGGAAAGUUUCCUUAACAAGCCAGAAUGUUCAAUAAAAUUACAUUACACCAUAACGGUUGUCUGUGUUUGGUCCUUCAGUGGGUUGAAUUUGGUGACAAAAUAUCCACAAGAAAGUAUUUACCCGACUUUUUAGAGCGCCAGCACUGCCGUAUACAUUUCUAUCACAUGCACUAAACCAUGUACAUUUACAAUUUAGUCAUUUAGCAGACGAUCUUGUCCAGAGCGACUUAGUGGUGAGUGCAUGCAUUUUCGUACUUUUUAAUAUUGGUCCCACUUGGGAAUCCAACUCCCAACCCUGGCGUUGCAAGCACCGUGCUCUACCAACUGAGCCACACAGGACUCGGUUGGUAGAGAAUGCAAGACUUUGGUCAGUAUGCAUGCACCGGCUAACACAUUUUGCUUGCCACACUGUCCUGUCAACGUUCAUGACAGACGAGGGACGUUUUUGUAAAUGUACGCGCCUAACCUACUUUGAGACACUGUGAACACGGGACCUGAUAACAGCACCUGUGUGUAGCCUAUGUAUGGUGAUGUUGGAGACUGAGUCAGUGUUGGUUGGUUGUGCUACCUGCAGGUAUCUGAAACUGUUCACCUUCCUAUCCCUGGCCGAGGUAGAGCUGGUGAUGGAGCAGCAGAGACAGGAGCCAGGCAAACGUCCCGCACACAAACGUCUCGCCGUCGAAGUCACCAAACUGGUCCACGGCAAGGAGGGCCUGGAUAGUGCCAAAAGGUGUUGUGUUUGUUUGUAUGUUCACACGCAAGACAAGGCCUGAGUAACUUCAGACUAAUGGAUUGAAUUAACCCCUUCACAAAGUCAAGAUUAUAAAUUACCUUGGAAUUGAUCAGAUGGAAUUGGGUAGUGAAAGUGUGCAUCUUGACAAAUGCAUGAAACAUUUUGCAAUAGAUAAUUAGUCAGAGAAAGACUGCAUAUGUCAUUUGGGUGUCAUUAAUGAGGUGUCGCCUGGUACUAAAUUCACUGUCCACUGCGUUUAUUUUCAGCAAACUUAACGUGUUUAUAUUUGUAUGAACAUAAGAUUCAACAACUGAGACAUAAACUGAACAAGUUCCACAGUCAUGUGACUAACAGAAAUUGAAUAAUGUGUCCCUGAACAAAGGGGGGGUCAAAAGUAACAGUCAGUUACUGGUGUGGCCACCAGCUGCAUUAAGUACUGCAGUGCAUCUCCUCAUGGACUUCACCAGAUUUGCCAGUUCUUGUUGUGAGAUGUUACCCCACUCUUCCACCAAGGCACCUGCAAGUUCCCGGACAUUUCUGGGGGGAAUGGCUCUAGCCCUCACCCUCCGAUCCAACAGGUCCCAGACGUGCUCAAUUGGAUUGAGAUCCGGGCUCUUUGCUGGCCAUGGCAGAACACUGACAAUCCUGUCUUGCAGGAAAUCACGCACAGAACGAGCAGUAUGGCUGGUGGCAUUGUCAUGCUGGAGGGUCAUGUCACGAUGAGCCUACAGGAAGGGUACCACAUGAGGGAGGAGGAUGUCUUCCCUGUAACGCACAGCGUUGAGAUUGCCUGCAAUGACAACAAGCUCAGUCCGAUGAUGCUGUGACACACCGCCCCAGACCAUGACGGACCCUCCAACUCCAAAUAGAUCCCGCUCCAGAGUACAGGCCUCGGUGUAACGCUCAUUCCUUCGAUGAUAAACACGAAUCCGACCAUCACCCCUGGUGAGACAAAACCGUGACUCGUCAAUGAAGAGCACUUUUUGCCAGUCCUGUCUGGUCCAGCGACGGUGGGUUUGUGCCCAUAGGCGACAUUGUUGCAGGUGAUGUCUGGUGAGGACCUGCCUUACAACAGGCCUACAAGCCCUCAGUCUCUCUCAGCCUAUUGCGGACAGUCUGAGCACUGAUGGAGGGAUUGUGCGUUCCUGGUGUAACUCGGGCAGUUGUUGUUGCCAUCCUGUACCUGUCCCGCAGGUGUGACGUUCAGAUGUGCCGAUCCUGUGCCGGUGUUGUUACACGUGGUCUACCACUGUGAGGACGAUCAGCUGUCCGUCCUGUCUCCCUGUAGCGCUGUCUUAGGUGUUUCACAGUACGGACAUUGCAAUUUAUUGCCCUGGCCACAUCUGCAGUCCUCAUGCCUCCUUGCAGCAUGCCUAAGGCACGUUCAUGCAGAUGAGCAGGGACCCUGGGCAUCUUUCUUUUGGUGUUUUUCAGAGUCAGUAGAAAGGCCUCUUUAGUGUCCAAAGUUUUCAUAACUGUGACCUUAAUUGCCUACCGUCUGUAAGCUGUUAGUGUCUUAACGACCGUUCCACAGGUGCAUGUUCAUUCAUUGUUUAUGGUUCAUUGAACAAGCAUGGGAAACAGUGUUUAAACACUUUACAAUGAAGAUCUGUGAAGUUAUUUGGAAUUUUACGAAUUAUCUUUGAAAGACAGGGUCCUGAAAAAGGGACGUUUCUUUUUUUGCUGAGUUUAUUAGUAAUGCUGUGUGUGUGUGUGUGUGUGUGUGUGUGUGUGUGUGUGUGUGUGUGUGUGUGUGUGUGUGUGUGUGUGUGUGUGUGUGUGUGUCUGUUUGUUUCUCCAGGUGCACCAAUGCCCUGUACCACCGUAACCUUCAGGCCCUGGAGCAUAUUACAAUUACAUUUACGUCAUUUAGCAGACACUCUUAUCCAGAGCGACUUACAGUUAGUGAGUGCAUACAUUCUUUUUUUUAUUUUCAUACUGGCCCCCCGUGGGAACAUAUGAGUGAUGCUGAGCUGCAGGAGCUCUUCAGAGAGGCCCCCUUCCAUGAGCUGCUGCUGGAGCCAGGGACCAUAGUACUGGAUGCCUGCCGCAGGGCAGAGGCCAUCCCUCGUGCCCAAAGGGUAGGGCUCUCCCUUUACAUUCCUUUGUACCUUAUCAUCCCUGACCUGACUACCUCACACGGAGGGUCGCUCACGCUCUCUGUUUCACCACUCACACCCCAAUAGCUUUAUCACACUCUCUCUCUUACUCUAUAUUUUCCCUUUCCUCUAAUCUCUCUUUAUUGCUUUCCAUGUUUCUUUCUUUCACUCCACUCUCAAAUUCUGAAAAGUUCUCUAUCUGUCUGACUUUCAAACAUAUGUGUUAACGGACUUUAUGUGUUGUGUUGUCUCUGUGAUGUGUUGUGUUGUCUCUGUGAUGUGUUGUGUUGUCUCUAUGAUGUGAUGCGUUGUCUCUGUGAUGUGAUGCGUUGUCUCUGUGAUGUGAUGCGUUGUCUCUGUGAUGUGAUGCGUUGUCUCUGUGAUGCGUUGUCUCUGUGAUGUGUUGUGUUGUCUCUGUGAUGUGAUGUUGUCUCUGUGAUGUGAUGCGUUGUCCCUGUGAUGUGUUGUGUUGUCUCUGUGAUGUGAUGCGUUGUCUCUAUGAUGUGAUGCGUUGUCUCUAUGAUGUGAUGCGUUGUCUCUGUGAUGCGUCGUCUUUGUGAUGUGUUGUCUCUGUGAUGUGUUGUGAUGUCUCUGUGAUGUGUUGUGAUGACUAUGUGAUGUGAAGUGUUGUCUCUGUCAUGGGCUGUGAUGUCUCUGUGUUGUGUUGUGCUGCAGUUAUCGCAUGGUUUCAGAAGGAGCUGUAUGGAUCAACCACAGUAAGACACAGCACAGAGCAGGUACUGAUCCCCGGCCAGCAAAUCCUGGCCAACGGACUGUCUCUCUCAGAGUGGGCAAAAAUAACUUCCACAUCAUCAGGUGGCUCAAUCUGUGA